AUGAAAGCCAGGAAGAAUUUAUAUCAACCAAAGAUGUCCUUGACAGUCUUGCGGCGUUUGAUGAUCACCAGGGCUUCGAGGAAGAGGGCGGCUGGACGGACACUAUGGCCGACAGCGAUCCAGUCUCGCAGCUUCUUUGGGAUCGGCGAGAUUAUUGGAAUCUUGGCCAAUCCCGGCGAAACCGUCAGAUCGUUGGCUGAGUCGAAGCGGCUGUUAGAAGAGACUCGGGCGGAGAUGUUGGAACAGAAGGAAAGGGAUUCAAUUCCACCCAAGCAUACUUUCUCCCCUCUCCCGGGUCUUCAGUAUCGAGAGCAGGAGGUCAAGGUCUUGAAGACUUGUCUGAGCUCGAUCCCAAACUUCACCGUCAUCUUUGGUGGCACGAGCGUCGGCAAGACCGCGCUACUGAGACAGGUUCUCACCGACGAACGAUAUCAUGUGAUCCACUUCGAUCUGAGGAUGGCCGGCUUUGCAGACGUUUCAUCCUUGUUCUUUUCGUUUUCUUGGCAAAUGGAGCAGUAUUUCGUCAGUCUGGCAAGCCGGUUAGAAGGCUACGACCCAUUUGAGAAAGAAGCAUUAGCCUUCAAGCACCUGCGACUGGAUACCCAACGGAGGAUAGAGAAAAAUGGGCCGCCAGUCAAGACCUCGGAUAUUGCCCAUCUUCUGGAAAUCUUCCAAAGCUGUUUGCUGAAGUAUUGGGAAUUUGUCCCAGCCAAUCCGGAAGAAGAAGAGCAAGACAAAGAGAGUAUCCGGAACAAGCCAGUCAAAGAAUGGGAAAGGAAGAAGAUGAAAGACGUACAAGACCGAGUGAAGCAAGAGAUGAGUUGGUCGGGCCAUGCCCAAAGCUUCCCGGUAGACCCGAAAAAACCUGAAGUCAAAGGCAUCGAGGCUAGUAGAUCGGUCGAGUUUGUCGAGCCAUCCGAUCAUCAAUCGCCCCCACAGGAGGGCAAGAAUCUCAACGAAUCCGGAAGUGAAAACGAUCCUCAGGAGGAGUCUUGGAAGCCGCCGACCAAGUUGAUCCCAGUCUUCUUCAUCGAUGAGGCGCAUAAGUUACCGGCGUUAAUCAAGGAUCAAGAAACGAUGAAAUGCAUCCUCGACGGUCUUUUAGUACUGACGAAACAGGACCGUUUGUGCCAUGUGAUCAACGCGACCUCGGACCCGUUCUACAUGAACUGGCUAAGGAAGAUGAACGUCCUGACGCAUUGUACAAUCAUCACGAUUGGCGACCCGCCCAAGAAAGAAGCCCAAGAGUACUUCAAUGAAAACCUGCUGAACACGCUUCAGAAGAAGCUCGAUCAGCAGCCGAUCUGCGAUUCGCGCGACCACCGCUCCGGGAACCUCGUCCUGAAACACCAGGCCUCUGAUCAGCAUUCUCAAGCCUCUGACCACGAUCCAUCGGCCGCUUAUGAACUCGGGUUCGACCUGAUUUACGACACGUUUGGCGGAAAGCUGGCUCAUUUGCAAGGCUUCGUGGGCGAUUACUUGAAUUCGGGGGGCAAGUUGCGGCCAAAGCAGUCUUCGCCCUUCCUCCAAGCCUACGCCUUACUCCAAUACCACCUCGUCACCCCGCAAAAUCUGCCGCCCGACAGCGCGCGCUUGGCGGGCACGAUCUCGGCACACUUGUACCGGCAGCAAGAUCCCAUGAGAGAGGUUAAAGAUCCAUUAAUGAUGGACCGAAUGCCAGGCGGAGAGGGGGGCGAGAAAUUCGAAGCCAAGACGCUGUUAUACGUGAUUUCGAAGUUCACGACUUUCGAGGUGGACCGGUCGACGGGCCAGAUUGUUCUCGAAGUGGAAGAGGACAGCAAAGGUGGGAGGGGUUCCUCUAAGCCGAAUGAAGGCGCCGUCGAUCCGCCGAUCUCGCCGAGUGUGCCCAAGCCCUCUUCGGCCCAGCCGACGUGCUCGUAUUUCCGGCUGAGCCGAGAGAUCGGCGUCCAAUCGGUCGACCAUCUCGUCCGGAACCGCAUCCUCGACCUCCGCUGGACGCCUCCCGUCUCCCCCGACCCCCCCAUCGACCAGAACCAGGUCGCCGCUUCUGCACCCGCCCACCUCGCUGACGUCGAGCCGGUCGUGCUGCCCAUAAGUCCCGUCAUGAGAGCCGCUAUGCAGGCCGUCUUAGAACAGCAUCUGCAUGAAAAUCUGCUCGCAUAG